AUGGCUUCAAGUUCAAGUACAACAGUAAAUGAAAUAGCUCAUGAAUUCCUUCCCUCCUUGCGAGUCUACAAAGAUGGCCGGGUUGAAAGAUAUGUGGGCACCGAGGUCGCCCCAGCAUCAGUGGAUCCUACCGCUGGGGUUCAAUCCAAAGACAUCAAAAUCGUGCCAGACAUUGAGGCAAACAUUAUCGUAGUGUCAGUCAACUACAGACUGGCCCCAGAGCAUCUUCUUCCUGUUGCUUAUGAAGAUUCAUGGGUCGCUGUCAAGUGGGUUGCUUCCCAUUUUAAGGGAGACGGCCAGGAGCCAUGGCUGAAGGACUAUGUUGAUUUUGAUCGCGUGUUUUUCGGUGGAGAUAGUGCAGGUGGUAACAUAGCGCACAACAUGGCCAUGCGGGUCGGGUUAGGGAAAUUGGAUGCUAUCAGGCUCGUUGGGUUACUUCUAAACCAUCCAUUCAUCUGGGGUGAGGAACCAAUAGGUAAUGAAGCUGUUGACAUUAAUUAUAAAGCGCGAGUUGAUAGUUUCUUGCGUUUUGUGAACCCGACAUCUGUUGGAUCCGAUGACCCGCUCAUGAACCCGGGUGUGGAUCCGAAACUUUCAAGCUUAGGGUGCACCAGGGUGCUGAUAUGUGUUGCUGAGAAAGAUCCUUUGAGAGAUAGAGGCUUGUAUUACUGUGAGGUAUUGGCCAAAAGUGGGUGGAAAGGAAAGGUGGAGAAUAUGGAGGCUAAGGGGGAGGACCAUGUGUUUCAUUUGAUUAAUCCUCUUGUGAAAAUGCAGUAGCUAUGCUCAGAAGAAUGGCUUCUUUUUUGAACUUGUAGUUUUAUGUAUGGCUAAGAUUUGUACCUCCCAAAUGGGAUAAUUCAAAAUCAAGACUAUAGUUCUGGGUAGCAAUAACCCG